AUCGCCGCCUCCUCGCCGGUCCUGAAACCCUUCAGAGCGUCUCUCCAGCUCACACAGGACCCUCCCUCCCGGGUACUAUCGAUCCCACCACCGAGUCCACCACCUCAGCGUAACCCAACCUCCGCACAUCAACAAAAAUGCCCCCUCCAAACACCCCCGCAUCCGACCCCCCUCCAGGCGCAGUGAACAUCAACUCCCUCUCUGCGCAGCAGCUCCGCGCCCUGCAAUCCCGCCUCUCCUCGGAACUCGAACACCUGACCUCCUCGCACGCCAAGCUGCGCGCGGCGCAGUCCAAGUUCCGCGACUGCGUGCGCUCCAUCAACGAGGGCGUCCUGGGCUCCGAGAAGAAGGGCACCGACGGAAAAGAUGAGAUCCUGGUCCCCUUGACCAGCUCGCUCUACGUGAAGGGGAAGCUGGCGGAUCGGGAAAAGGUGCUCGUCGAUGUCGGGACGGGGUUUUAUGUUGAGAAGACACCGCAAAAAGCGAUCGAGUUCUACAACGAGAAGAUCAAGACCCUGGAUGCGAACCUGGUGGAAUUGGAAAAGAUCGUGCAGACCAAGAGCUCUCAGCAGAGACUCUUUGAAGAUGCUCUGAGACAAAAACUGCUUAGCGAAGGUGCCGCCGGGCCAUCGGGUCAGGCUGCUGCUGCCGGUGGUGGUUAAAUUGGAUCGAUAGCGUGAUAUAGUGAUCAGUGACAGUGCCCAGAUGGGCUGGGCUCGACGGGGCGGAUGAAUACCAUCUCGGUAGGAUUUAUGAAUAUAAAAACUGAUAUCUUUACCAGGGUAAAUAGAGUGCUGGAGAGCUAGCCAGCUUAAAAUGAAUGUAAGCAAUAGAAAUUUUGGUUUCUCCAUAUGAUAGUUGACGUGGACAUGCGCCAUGUAGCAGCUUUUAAUUCCCAUUGAAAAUUC